CGGUGACUGCGCCCAACUGCAAGCAGCAGUUGCCUGCUGCAUCCGACAUCUCCGACAUCCAUUCGAUUCAGUUUAUCCAGCGCACUGUCGUCGCGAACACGUCCAGAAUAACUCGAAAAAAUCUGUUUUCGUAUUACGGAAUUUACGGAUUAUCAAACUGGAUCACAUUUUCGAGGACGGUCAGCGGCAGCAGUUUCACAAAAUGUCCCACGGCGAGCGAAAAGGCCGCCUGAAUGUGGUCAAGUUUCUGGAAUUGGGCUUUGCGGUAGCGUGUCUAGUGCUUCACUUCUACAGCUUUAAUGAUCGCGAUAUUAUGACCUCGUUUUUGGCCACUGGCACCUUUACGGGCUACAUCAUAGUGGUGAUCGGGGUAUUUGCAGGUGUUCUGAUGCGGGCCCCCAUUCACAAGCGCAUCGACAUUUUCUUCAGUGUCCUGGGCUGCACUCUGUUCGUGGCCAGCGGCGUGUUCAUCAUCGAGGCCUGGGAGUUCUCGUUCCGCACCAGAACUCGGGAUCUCGCGCUCAUCAAGGCCUCGUUGUCCAUCGUCAAUGGGGUGCUGUUCGGAUUCGAUGCCGUCUUCACAUUUCGCGACAAGUGAAUCAUCGCUUUUUUUGAGCCACUGGACACCAUUUUGCCAAAUCCUCUGGAGCUUCUUUUUUGUGCAUUUAAUAGUUGUAAGAAUAUAUAUAUAUUUUUUUCGUCGCCCUAAAUUGUACUUCCACUAGACCUUAAAAACAUCGAUGUUAUCGAAUCGGUAUUGUCAAUAUAUCGAAAAUAUCGAUACUUUUCAAGCUCUAACUUCCACCAAUCAAGCCAUACAAACAAGACAUACAAACUGUUAACGUUAAUCUUUAUAUUUAAGUGUUCUUUUUUUUGUCUCAAUAAAAAGUAAUUCGCCAUCACUCAA